AUGACCAACGACCAGGCAGCCCAGAAGAACUUUGGCACCAUCUCGCCCCCAAAGAAGAUCAACACGUACGAGAUCUUUCUACGAAACCUCAAAUUCAGCGUACCGAGCGAGCAUGCAACCCCGGGCGAAGUGCGUCUGUGGCUUCUUCAGCUCCUCAAAAAUCGCAAGGUCGACCUUGUCAAUGGACCAAGCUCGUUUGCAUCGGGGUGGAAUGGCGCUGAGCUGCAUUCCAUGCACCCGAACCACAUAUUCGGCUGCUUCACAUCCCAUGGGGUCAGCCCGCAAACUGCCCACCUGGUUGCUGGGGAUGUUGCAGAAUGUCUCGAGGACUAUCGAAUCAGACGGACCGCUUGUUUGGCCGCUGGCCAAGACUGGGUAUCCAAUGAGCCGUACGAUGAGCUCGAAGACUACGUCGAUUGCGAAAGCCAGCCCCUGCUCGGACAGGCCGAGGGACCGAGUCUUGCCCACGCGAAGAGAAGAAAAACCUGGAUCAUCAUCUUGGUCAUCUUCAUUCUACUUCUCAUCAUUUCAUCUGGUGUCCUUGCUUGGUGGUUGAUAUGA